CUUCACUGCUUGCUGCCACAGCGCUCCACCCGUGGAGGACAGGGCGGUGUUGCUUCUUCUUGCCACCUCUUCGCUCCUUUUCGUUGCUUGUCCCUCCUCCCCCCCGUCCGUCGCUCUUCGCGGUUCUCCGCUGCCUCUCGGACUUGUUGACAUCUCGGUGGAGAAAAUGGCGGCCGGAGUGAGGCAGGAGCUCGCGCAGCUCAUGAACUCGAGCGGAUCCCACAAGGAUCUGGCAGGGAAGUACCGACAGAUACUGGAAAAGGCUCUUCAGUUCACUGACGGGGAGCAGCUGGAGUCCCUCAAGGCCUUUGUUGAAGCCAUGGUCAAUGAGAACGUGAGCCUGGUGAUCUCCAGGCAGCUGCUCACCGACUUCUGCGCUCACCUCCCGAACCUCCCCGACAGUACGGCCAAGGCAGUCUGCCACUUCACCCUGGAGAGGAUCCAGCCUAGGGUCAUUUCUUUUGAAGAACAAGUGGCUUCCAUCAGACAGCACUUGGCCACCAUCUACGAGAAGGAAGAAGACUGGAGAAACGCUGCCCAAGUUUUAGUGGGCAUCCCUCUGGAAACGGGACAAAAGCAAUACAAUGUAGAUUACAAGUUAGACACGUACCUGAAGAUUGCCCGCCUAUACUUGGAAGAUGAUGACCCUGUCCAAGCAGAGGCUUACAUUAACCGAGCCUCUCUGCUCCAGAAUGAGUCCACCAAUGAACAGCUGCAGAUUCAUUACAAGGUAUGUUACGCUAGAGUCUUAGACUACCGGAGGAAGUUCAUUGAGGCAGCGCAGCGGUACAAUGAGCUCUCAUACAAAUCCAUUGUCCAUGAGAGCGAGCGACUGGAGGCCCUGAAACACGCUCUUCACUGCACCAUCCUGGCUUCUGCAGGUCAGCAGCGAUCCCGCAUGCUUGCCACCCUCUUCAAGGAUGAGCGCUGCCAGCAGCUUGCGGCCUAUGGCAUCUUGGAGAAGAUGUACCUGGACCGUAUUAUCCGUGGAAACCAGUUGCAGGAGUUUGCUGCCAUGCUUAUGCCACACCAGAAAGCUACCACUGCUGACGGCUCCAGUAUAUUGGACAGAGCGGUCAUUGAACACAACCUCCUGUCUGCGAGCAAACUGUACAACAACAUCACUUUUGAAGAGUUGGGUGCGCUGCUUGAGAUACCACCUGCAAAGGGCGAUUGUUCCGAUGAGGAUGCCCCUGGUUACAGAUGCAACUUGGCUGAAAAGAUUGCUUCUCAGAUGAUCACAGAGGGCCGCAUGAAUGGCUUCAUUGAUCAAAUAGAUGGCAUUGUCCACUUUGAAACUCGGGAGCCACUGCCCACGUGGGACAAGCAGAUCCAGUCGCUGUGCUUCCAGGUGAACAACCUUCUGGAGAAGAUCAGCCAGGCAGUGCCCGAGUGGACAGCACAGGCCAUGGAGGCCCAGAUGACCCAGUAACUUCCCCCCUGCUUCUGGUCUCAUGGACAUUGCCCUGCCACCUUCAUCCCUGUCAAGAUCGCAGUACUCAUGUAUCUUGUCCUGUCCUGCCCAAACACUAGGUCAAAGGUUACAGAAGCACUGCUGAGUAUUAACCAAAAAGGCCAUUGUAUCUUUUUGUCUUUCUUUUUGAAAUUUGGAAGUAGCAGUUGUGCUAUGUUUGUGAAAACUCCAGGAAGAGCACUUAGAAGUUAGUCCCUGAUAUCCACUUCAUCGAUGUGGAAUGUGAAAAACAAACGUGUCAUAACACCUCUUUGUUUUCUCAGUGUAUGUGGCCUUGGCGUGGAACACAGUGCUGUGCUUCCAGAUGCCUGUCAGAUCGGUUGUUCAGGUAGAAUGGUAUAUGGGUCUGCUGGAUUGUGACUUGGUGGUAUGGCACUUUACGUUUUGUUUUGAUCUUUUGUCUAUCAAACCAAACAACCACAUAGGGAACACCACAAGGACAAACUAAGAGACUGACCAGUGAAGUUGUGGCAUGAUUAUGUCACAACAGUAAUCCUUGUAUUAAAUAAAAACUGGAAGACUCUGUUAUAGGUUGAAAGUUUGAGAUGUAUCACAGUUAUAACACCGGGUUAGAGGGCUGAUUUGACUCGUACACAAGCAGUGUGUGCCACAUGCAUUUUGUGAUUAUGAAGUAAUUAAGUUGCAACAUUCUUUCAUUAUUUUGGUAAGACGUAUCAGGCUCAGCAUUUAUACAGUGUAAUUGGGUAGGUAAAUUAGAGGCUGAACGUGUUGGUCCGUGUAAUGACAGAAGAAUAAAUGUCUGACAAUGAUGGGUAAUCUUCGACAUCUGGGCCUGCAGUCAUUCAGGUUUUGGCAGUAAGGGACUCAUUUACAUUGACCAAAUUAGGCUCUCAUCUAUCUGAACAGAUAAUGAAGCUGAGGUGUAUCAUGAAUCACCCAGUGCCCAGAAAUCAUUAUGAGUAAUUGAAACCUGGCUGCCUAUCUAUCCAUUGAUUGCAGGGGUGGUUUAUGAUUUGCUGAAAUUUAGCUGACUGAGUACAGUAAAUGAUGUCACCAAACCCAGCUGUCUGAUCUGCCAGCAGAUUAUAGCCAUAAAAUAACUAAGAACCGGGUCUGUUUAAUGAGUGGCAGAAACAUGCAGAGUGCAGUAGGAGUAAAGAAAUCUUUAAAGUCACUUUUAUGCAUGUUCUAUUAACAUUUACCAUCUCAGAUUAAUGACUAAGUCAUACAGGAUAUUAUUAGUGUGGUUGACUAAGCAAACACUUUUACUGUUUCACUUACUUUUUUUUUUUUUUUUUAAUAGGCUGGUAAGUUUAUAAUUCACAUCUGCUUUAAUUGACUUUGAGGACAUUUGUAUUUGUUUUUCUGUUAUUUUGCCAGAUAAUGCAAUAUUGUGAGAAACCGAUUUAUAACAGUCAUUCUUCAAUGAAGUCUGCUCACGAACAUGGUAUGGCUGGACACAUCAACAUUAGUACUUGUUAUUCAGGUGCUAUUUAUGGUGGGCAGUGCAGCAUUUUGAAGACCAAGCCUCUCAACAUACCCUUGUUUUCAAGGACUUUGUCAAACAGUUGAACUGGUCUUCAGAUGUGCCAGUAAGCCUUUGUAAGUGUGCAGGUUUCUUCCCUCCUUCUUCUAUUGUUUAACCAGCUGCAUUUGGGUACCGUGCGCUGAUGCGCUAUGGAAUGGACUUGCUACUCAAGGCAAAGUGCAUAUAACAUUUGAAUAAAUGUAUGUAAAAUCUUUACAUGGAAAAACUCCAAUAUCUGUUCUUGGUUUUUACGCCGUUGCAAAGAUAAUAAAGUAAUGACAAACAA